ACACUUCUUGGAGUCACAGCAACUACAGCUCUUGGAGAAUGAAUCUGUGGGUGACCUGAGAGACUGGGAUUGAACAGCAAGUCCUGAGCAGCACUCACAGCAGAUGAUCAGAGCAUGCCUGGCUGCAUGACCCAAUCCCUGGACACAAAUACAUACACAGGAAACUCUAUGUGUGUUUAGCCCAUCCACUAAAAACAUCCCCAACCCUCUGAGGUCUCUGGAUAACCUACCUGAGCAAGAGUGGACUCAAGAGAACCUUUAAAAAGUGAAGGUCCCACCAUGGCCAGCAAGACUCUUCCUGCCCCUGUCCCAAUCCACCCCUCUCUGCAGCUCACAAAUUAUUCAUUUCUUCAAGCAUUCAAUGGGCUCCCUAUGCCAGCAGACCACAUCCCAAAUCUCUAUGGGUUCAGUGCCCUCCACGCUGUGCACCUUCACCAAUGGACACUGGGAUACCCCACUAUUCACCUGCCCAGGUCAUCCUUCUCUAAAGUGCCAGGAGUCUCCAACUUGAUAGACACCAGAUUCCAGCUCCCAGCUGCCUUCCCUCUCUUGCCCCAUGUGGUCCACCCCAAACACAGUUCCUCAGGCCAGCCUCUUAAAACAAAACCCAGGUUUGACUUUGCCAACCUUGCUGUGGCUGCCACACAGGAAGACCACUGCAAAAUCACCCAAGUGGAUGUUCAAGGGUCACCUUCAGCCAUGGGGGCACUUCUGGAUGUCACCAAACUUGCUCCAGAGAAGAAACCCACAAGGGGACGAUUGCCUUCUAAAACCAAGAAGGAAUUUGUCUGUAAAUUCUGUGGCAGACACUUUACCAAGUCUUACAAUCUUUUGAUCCACGAGAGAACUCACACAGAUGAAAGGCCAUACACAUGUGACAUAUGUCACAAAGCAUUCAGAAGACAAGACCAUCUGAGGGACCACAGGUACAUUCAUUCCAAAGAGAAACCUUUCAAAUGUCAGGAGUGUGGGAAGGGAUUUUGUCAGUCAAGGACAUUAGCUGUCCAUAAGACUCUUCACAGCCAGGCAAAAGAGCUCAAACCUUCAAAAAUCAAAUGCUGAAAUCCACUGCAGGAAAAGAUCCGGAUAUAUAAAACUAUUUAAAUCAUUUUUUUUUACACAGAAAUAGUAAAAAGACUGUAUUCUAACAGAAGAAUGUUCCCAGGACCAGGGAGACUUUGGAUAUACCUUGCUUUCAUUGGAACACCAUCUAAUCCGGAUUUUUAGAAAAUACAGAUCGAGUGUUGGCUCUGCUAAACUUUUCACCGAUAGGUGGCGCUCUCAUGCUUUUGGGAAAUCACUGCUUUCAAAGUGAUAUAUACAUACAUAUGGAUAUAUGAAUAUAUAUAUUUAUAUGUGUGUGUGUGUGUAUAUAUAAUAUUAUAUAUGUCUCUGUUCUGUCUUUAAUAUUGAAGAAAUAUGACAUUCACCCUUGUGGACUGAAACAAAACAAAUAAAUUAAACUGUUAUCAACAGACUGAUUUUUUUUUAUUAUUAUUAUUUUUUUUUAUUAUUUUUUUUAUUAUUAUUUUAUUCUGGUCGCUUUAGUGAGGUGUGCACUGUCAAUAUUUUUUCUUAAUGUCACAGUUUUGUUGUAAUACACAUAUAAGGCAUGCAUUGACUACACGGCAGCCAUGUGAGCUGACACUCUUACGGGGUGACACUCUUACGGGGUGAUCUUGGCUGGCUAGGCGUCGUGGGAGUGAUUGCCUGUCGGCCCUGCGUUUGUGCUAUCCAGGCUUCUUGUCCUACAAAACACUGAGCAGAUAGAUUGUAUGUCACAGAUAUUCAUACUGUCAAUGUCAGUAUGAACAAGUCACAAGUAGUUGCAAAUUUUUGUUGUAGAAUUAUAUUAUUUGCCUUUAAUUCAAUGAAUUUCCAUUCACAGUGUGUAAAAAUGCUGUUUUGCAUGUUUUCUUAUAACGAGACUCGUUUAUUUUUGUUUUUACACCUUUCAACAACAAAAAAAAAGUUGAA